UAGCUGGGAUUACAGGCACACACCACCAUGUCCAGCUAAUUUUUGUAUUUUUAGUAGAGAUGGGGUUUCACCAUGUUGGUCAGGCUGGUCUCAAACUCCUGACCUCGUGAUCCACCCACCUCAGCCUCCCAAAGGGCUGGAAGCCACCAUUUUUUAACUUUCCUCAACCUUUAAAGUAAUGCCCAUUGUGAUUUUAGUUUAGUUGAUCAGUCUCCAGAUUAGGUGUGACUGAUAGAUUUCCCGUCAGAAAAUUCUCCCUGCCUGCCAUAUGGUCUGAAAUCAAUAUGAUCGCUUUCUGUAAAUAUCUAUUGAGAGACCAACAAUUUUUUGAUGCUGUAAGUAAUAUAAAAGAAAUUCACGUCUCGCUCCUGUCAUUACGAAAAGUAUGUUGAUAAAAUGUUGAUAAAUUUCUGACAAAGUUGCUUUAUGUUUACAUAGAGAAGCCAUAAUAUCCUGAGUUUCAAAAUAUCUACUAGAUCAAACUAGCCAUGGGUCUAUGACUUUGGUCAUAAUUCAAUCAACGAGAAUUGACCUCUCUUCUGUAGUUUAGGGCUCAAUGUGACCAGCCUUCCUACAUUUGAUAAAUGCUUCUUCCAACAGGUAUUUCAAAGCUUGUAUCAUCAACACAUGUAGUCCUUUACGGGCUUGGCUGCUCAGUGGCAGUCAUGGUGGCUUAUAAAUUACCCAUUUAUAGUAGGUUUUUGGCUUUUGAAGCUGACUCACCUUCUUGAAGUUUCUGGUCCUCUCUUUCUGGAAACAGCUUUGCCCCUCUUUACUACAGUCCCAUUCCUUCGGGUGGAGCCUCUUACAUUUCCUAAACACCUGAAAUCUUCACUCCUCCCUUAGAUAGAAAAGUUAACUCUCUUGACAUGUCAGAAUGUGGGUCACUUUAGUUCUUUCCUCACAAAUGACUUUUCACUAUCCUAUAGCCAUUCCUUCAGUACAUGUAUGAUAAUAAUAUCUAACAUUUACAGAGGACUUUGUUCUAGUACCAUUUAAAGCACUCUACCUAAUUUGUUUGGUUUAUAGUAAAAUUAUGAAGCAGGAGCUAUUAUCUGUAUUUCACAGAUGAAGAAAUUGAAGUGCAAAGAACUUUAAUACUUUGCCUGAAGUUGCAAGAACUGGAAUCUGCACCCUAGUAGCUUGACACCAGAGGUGUCAAAGAUACAGAUUGCCCAGGAACCCUGCUAAACUUCAGUUAUAUGUUAAUACCAUUUUCUUUGUAAGAAUCUAUGUUGUUUGUUCCUUACUUAGGUGGGAAGGAUAUGUGGAAGAUAAGGCAGCCAGGGAUUUAAGUCUGGCAACAGUUGGACUGCUGGAUUUUCAGAGAAGUGUUCCCCAAAGCAAAUUAUGGUGCUAAUUUCCAAUGUUCCAUAAGCAUGGCAAAAAAAAUGGGAAGUUCUCGAUUGUGACUGCUUUAGGUAAACAAGAAGCAGAAAGGAAGUUUGAAACUUUGUUAAAGCACCUGUCACAUCCUCCGUCAUUCACAACUGUCAGAGUGAAUACACAUUUAGCCUCAGUACAACAUGUGAAAAAUCUGUUACUUGAUGAACUUCAGAAGCAGUUUAAUGGAUUAAGUGUUCCUAUUCUUCAACAUCCAGACCUUCAAGAUGUGUUACUUAUUCCUGUUAUUGGACCCAGAAAGAAUAUUAAAAAACAACAGUGUGAAGCCAUUGUUGGAGCCCAGUGUGGCAAUGCAGUUUUAAGAGGAGCCCAUGUCUAUGCCCCAGGCAUUGUGUCCGCAUCAAAAUUUAUGAAAGCUGGAGAUGUUAUUUCUGUAUACUCUGAUAUUAAAGGAAAAUGUAAGAAAGGAGCCAAAGAAUUUGAUGGAACAAAAGUAUUUCUGGGAAAUGGGAUUUCUGAACUAAGCCGCAAAGAAAUCUUCAGUGGAUUACCUGAACUGAAAGGCAUGGGCAUAAGAAUGACAGAACCAGUAUAUCUCAGCCCUUCAUUUGACAAUGUACUGCCCCGUUACUUAUUUUUACAAAAUUUGCCAUCUGCCUUAGUAACUCAUGUACUAAAUCCUCAACCUGGAGAGAAGAUUCUAGACUUGUGUGCAGCACCUGGAGGGAAAACAACACACAUUGCAGCACUAAUGCAUGAUCAGGGAGAAGUUAUAGCACUGGAUAAAAUCUUCAACAAGGUAGAAAAAAUAAAGCAGAAUGCCUUAUUGUUAGGGCUGAAUUCCAUCAGGGCAUUUUGUUUUGAUGGAACAAAGGCGGUUAAACUUGAUAUAGUGGAGGACACAGAAGGGGAACCUCCAUUUCUACCAGAAUCCUUUGACCGAAUUCUUCUGGAUGCACCCUGUAGUGGAAUGGGACAGAGACCAAACAUGGCCUGUACUUGGUCUUUGAAGGAAGUGGCAUCAUAUCAGCCAUUACAGCGAAAACUCUUCACUGCAGCAGUUCAGCUGCUGAAGCCAGAGGGUGUGCUGGUUUAUAGCACGUGCACUAUAACACUGGCCGAAAAUGAAGAACAAGUUGCCUGGGCCCUGACAAAAUUUCCUUGCCUUCGGCUUCAGCCCCAGGAACCGCAGAUUGGAGGAGAGGGAAUGAGGGGAGCUGGGCUCUCAUGUGAACAAUUGAAACAGCUGCAGCGAUUUGAUCCAUCAGCUGUGCCGUUACCGGACACUGACGUGGACUCUCUGAGAGAGGCCAGAAGAGAAGACAUGUUGCGUCUGGCUAAUAAAGACUCUAUAGGUUUUUUUAUUGCAAAAUUUGUAAAAUGCAAAAGCACAUAGGAGAGAGAUGGAUGCUCAGAAAUGAAAAUUCCAAACAUUUGCUGUCUGUGGUUUUUUUUUUUUUUUUUUUUAAACCAAAGUGUUGUCAGGCCAACUGAAUGAUGAUGUGGUUGCUAAGGAAACAGAAAAGGCUGCCAGCUGUUUUACCAGGGAUCCAGAGACAUAGAGGAAGUAGGGGGUGGUAUGAGAUUAUAUUUUCUGUUUUUAAAAGAAUUUUUUUCUUUAUGUAUUUAGUAGAGUAUAAAGAAAAGCAGAUGCCUGUAGAUGUCUGGAGCAUAUUUUCAUUUGUGAUCUAAUGUUUUAAAUUGUAAAGUAUACAAGUCAUUCUUAAUGUUAAAAAUUAGUGAAUCUAACAAAAGGAAUAAAUUAGCAAUAUUUGA